AUGGAGGUGACGGGUUCGGGAAAAUCCCCCAAUGCAACUUUGUCAUUCAGAUACAAUGCCAACAAUGAAGAGUUAGAGGAACUAUUUCAACCAUGCGAAGACGAUCCUCCUACUCCACAGAGUGAACCUCCAGCAAAAGAACCUGUUACCGCUAGCCCUAAACGUGCAGACAAAACUUCAAUCAUAGAUAAAUAUUUUAAAAAUAUACGUACGGAAAAGCCCAUAGAUAAACAAGAUGAUGCCAAACUUUUAGAGAAUAAACGUCAAGAAGAUACUCGUAGUCCUGUGCCUUCAAAAGAGGCUUCAUCAUCUCCAGUGAAAGAUUAUUUAAAGGGCCUUGGAAAAAAGAGCACAUCAGAAGUAAUACCAGAGGUAAAAGAGAGUGGUAAUGAAACUUGGAAGAUAUUCCAUGACUUCAAAUUUAAAAUAGCUCAAGCUGUUGAAGAUAUGAAGACGCGUUCUGUAGAUGAACCUAAAGAAAAGUUGUUACCGCCAGAAAGUUCUACAUCAGAUUCAGAAGAGAACUCUGCUAUAAAGGAUAUGGAUCAACAAAGUGUAGGAGACACAGACAAUCAGGUUUCCUCACUUGACAGUAGCAUACAAAAUCUAUCAGAAAUGACUCAACCUUUAACAGCAAAGGCUUCUCAGGGCGAGCCAAGCCUUUCUGCAAAUAAAAUACAGUCAAGUUCUAGUGAAGAUACACAUAAAAAUAUAGAGAAUAAUGACUUAGCAGAUGUACCUAGAGAUGAUAGCAUCGAAAUUGAAUCGGGUGUAGAAGCUUUGGAAGAUACAAUAGAUGCUUUUGGUGAUGUUACGCAAUUAGAGUCUGCUGAGACUCCAGUCAAAAAACCUCUUGAGCUUGCAGCCACUGAAUCCCCUAUACCAACAACAGAUUUUAAUUUCCCGCCGAGUAAAAAUGACUUACACAACACCAAGCCAUCUGAUAAACCAAAAUCGACUCCCUUUACAUUCACUAUGUACUUUUUAACAAUUUUCCUUAUAGUGAAUUAUUUUCUGUUUCCGAAGUCAGAUAUUUGGAUUGGUUUCCUAUUAGGGAUUUGGGUUUUUUGUUUCACAAGUUAUUGUAAACACUGGUUUUUGGAUAAUUACUUCAGUGAGUGGGAACCAGGCAAAAGUAGUUAUUUCCAAAUGAAAAGUAGCAGUGCUGCACCAAUAACUUAUACAAUACCAUCGGUAAAAGAACAUAGGCCCAUGAAAAAAUACGAGGGUUGGAUAAAUCAUUAUAGAUUUCCAGAUUAUGAUCCCUACACUUAUCACAUCAAUAAAACAACCACUGCUUUUAUUAAAUUAGAAGGUUGUAAUUUAAGGAUAUCGUAUACAAGAACAAAAGUAGCCAAAAAAGCGCUUUGGGACGAAAAGAUAGAUAACGUAACAUUUUACCAGCACAGGCUCUAUAAUUUGACAGGAGCUCGCAUUAUACUGCUGCCAAAAGGUCUUGUUAGUAGAAGGCAGUGGAGCAAGAAAUAUCCAAUCUGUAUAAUUCUAAACGAGGAGGAGAAGAUUCAAGUGUUGGAGAAGGAAAACCCAAUCACCGAAAAGAAAAUAGCCGAAACAGAGAAGAAAACUAAAGAACAACAGCCCCUACAUGAAACAGAGAGCGCUGAAACUAACACCAGUCCCGAGAAGAAGAAGAAAUUCGUAUGGAGAAGACGGGAGAAAAGCAUUUCACAAAGUGAAGUCGAACCCGAAAAAGAAGGUCUCCGACAUAGGCUUGUACGAAAAAUGCAUCGAGAUAAAAGAUCAGACAGUAUAUCUACAUCUGCUGAUCCUGAUGCACAAGUGCAGACGGAUAAAACAUCGCAGUCAGACGACUCACCAACAACAGAACAUGAAAUCGAGUUAGUCUCCAAAUCUGCAUGCAGUACAAAAGAGGAAGUGAUUGAAGAAGAACUGGACGAGAGCGAGUUGUCGCGGAUCAAGGAGUUUUUGGACGAAGCGGAAUUGGACGGUAGCGCAGAAGGUGCGGCAGAAGGAGAAUGGAGUCUGCAAGUUAAACAAUCCAAGGAUAAGCACUCUCAUUUGUUCCUGUUCGCCCGAACUGGGCGUGAUAAACAUGAAUGGUUUCGACGACUUAAUUCGGCUAUAUCGGAGGCAAACGCGUCCAACGACUCGUCCACGGCCGAAGACAAGCCGACGAGCGAACAGUCGCAGGAGACCAAAGAUGGCGUUGAGCUAGCAGUGUACAAAUCAUCGGAAAAGGACACCGUCACUGUUACGAAGAACAAAACCAAGGACUCGGUGUCGGAGAGCGCUGGCAUACCUACUAUGUAUCCGUUACUGGGCCACGCGAAUUCCUACGAAAAAAGUUUUUGGGCGUACUUAUUCAAAAUUAUGCAGGGCGCGGGCGGGGCUGGUGGCGCGGGUGCGGAGGAGGCGGAGUGCGAGUGCCGGCUGCUGCCGGGCGAGGUGGCGUGGGUCAACACGGUGCUGGCGCGCCUCAUGUUCGACGUCAUGCGCGACCCCGCCAUCAUCGCGCGCCUGCAGGCACGCAUACAGCGCAAGCUCAACACGCUCAAGCUGCCGUCGUUCAUGAGCCCGCUAGUGGUGACGGAGCUGUCGCUGGCGGGCGCGUGCCCGCUGGUGCGGCGCGUGGCGGCGCCCGCGUGCGACGAGCGCGGCGUGUGGCUCGACGCCGACCUGCGCUACGACGGCGGCGCCUACAUCGCCAUAUCCACGCAGAUCAACCUCAUGAAGCUCAAGGAGAAGAAUGUAACCUUAGAGGACCAAUUAAUGCCAGCAAAUGAAAACGUUGAGGAAACUGAGGUGAAUGCUCCUUCCUCUCCGGGACCUGGUGCUGAUAAGCAAUUUCAAAAACGUAAACCAGCUAUAUACGACUCUGACGUAGAGGACUCGGCGGAAUCCAGCAGUGACGAUGAAAGCCCGCCGGUGCAAGUUGACGACGGCGGGGAGAACCUGCCGCCUUCCGAUUUGCCAGCGAACACGGCAGAUGGAGGAGGAUCUUCUAAGAAGAAAUUUUUGCGAAUGGUUGACAAGAUUGCCACAAACAAAUACUUCCAGCAGGUAACGGACUACAAGUACGUGAAGCGCGCUAUGGAGGGCCUGUCCAACACGGACAUCAAACUGCAGCUGGAGGUGAACGGGCUGGAGGGCCGCCUGGCGCUCAACCUGCCCUCGCCGCCGCACGACAGGCUGUGGAUCGGUUUCCGCACAAACCCACAACUGGCGCUCCGCGCUAGGCCGGCUGUCGGUGCCCGCGCAGUGCGUUUCGCCCACAUCACCAACUGGAUCGAGCAAAAGCUAACAAAGGAGUUCGAAAAGGUGCUGGUGCUGCCCAAUAUGGAGGACAUCGCGAUCGACCUCAUGACACCCACGCCCGUGCAGUUUGAAUGA